AUGUCUUCACCAGAUGAGUCGCCAGCUCAGCGAGCAGCCCGUCUCCGACGUGAGCGCCGUGAAGCUAAAAUCAAAGAGGGUGGUGCAGCGCGUUUGGAUAAGAUUACUAGUCUCAGCGGACGUACACCCGCAAGCAGUACGGACUCCCCUUCUUUUGUCUCUGUUGCACUCAUUACCCUGGUCUCUGGGGGUCGGAGAGCGGAAGCUAACUUCAGUUCUGCAGUGCGUGAAGAGGCGUCUCCAUCGCCAUCGCCAACCCCCCAGUCUCCUGCACAGAUAUCAUCUACGCCAGAGACCGAAAAGCCUCAACCGCAACCAGCACCAGCACCGACACCAGCAUCAGCACCAGCCCAGCCAACGUCGAACCCCGAGCCUCAGUCUCCCGAAAAUCUACAAGCACAACAAGAGUUAUUCCGCGCCCUUCUACGCCAAGGUGGACCAUCAUCUUCUGAGCAGGGCCCUCAGGAGGAGGAUCCCACAAUGCAAAUGCUCAAUACCUUGAUGGCAGGAAUGAAUGGGCAAGAUCAAGCUGCCGGCGGCGGAGCUGGUGGCGGAGCUGGUGGUGGUCCAUCACCCGCCGAACUCGUGUCUGCCCUGGGGCUCCCUCCGUUUGUCGCGGAUCUGCUUGGAGCUGCAACUCACAAACCUACCGAUGAGGAGAAGAAAGAGGUCCGGACGUGGAAAAUGCUGCACCUACUGUUUGCAGUCGCAGUCGGGAUCUACUUGCUCAUGCUCAUCGGAACUUCGGUUUCCACCUUCGGUAGCCAGCCACCACCUCCUGCCACUGCACAGAACCCAUUCCUUUAUUUUACCACGGGAGAAGUGGUGUUGACUGGCGCGAGGUUAAUGAGCAAGGGUCGGACUGGGAGAGCUGCCGGGAUAAUGCUUUGGCUUCAACUCUUCCAGGACAUAGUCCGCGACGGUAGCCUUGUCGUGUUCUUGCUGGGGAUGGGCGCUUGGUGGAGCCGUGAGUGGACGGUCUAUUAA